AAGUUAGAGCAUAUCAAAAUUCUGUUAGAGAUUUAUUCUAUUGUCAAUUUGACUCGGCAAAAAACAACAGCCAUUAACAAAUUUCACUUACUCUUUCACCCAACACUAUGGAUGUGUAUUUUGAUAUCCAAAGAGGGAGAACCUUCUGCAUUGAAAUUGGAUACUUCGACAGUGUUCUUGAGAUCAAAGAAAAGGUGCACAAGUAUCAAGGCAUUCCCAUUGCAAAACAAACUCUCAUUUUCAACGGCCAUAUUCUCCAAGACGAUGGCGACGUUUGGAAGUACGACAUUCUUAACAAUUCGCACAUCCAACUCGUCGUCGCGGACUCAGACAAGUCGCCCAUUGCUGGUAUGAUCAAGAUCGAAGAUGUACCAGCAAUAAUGAGCGACUUGUCUCCCGCUGUCAUCAAGGUCCAUCUCAAUUUGAAAAUCGCUUCAUUUAAAGCACACGUUCCCGUGGAAAUGAACGUAACCGACACCGUUUUGAAACUGAAAGAAAAGAUUCAAGAAAUGGAAGGUGUAUCGACAAACAAGAUUCUCUUACAUGCAACAGGAACAGAAUUACACGAUCAUCAGCUACUGAAAGAUUGUGACAUUUCAGACAAGUCUGAAAUUGACGUGAGUCUGAGACCAUCGCCUACAACUUCAGCUGUGGCUAGUAGCCGCGGCAGCGGUAGUGGCAGUGCUUCGAAGAAGCUCAAGCUAAUGGUGUUGCCAAAUACAGAGACCAAUAAGAUACCUGUGGAAGUGAAUGCAUCGGAUAACGUUAGAGAGUUAAGGAAAGAAUUGCAAAAGUUGCAUCAGAAUUUGCAAUUUCAUUUACCACAAGAAGGUUAUUUCUUCAUUUACAAGCAGAAUGUUAUGGAUGACAAUAUGUCUUUUCGAUCGCACCAUGUUGUUCAAGGUGAUACCAUUGAAAUUUUCAAUGGUAGUGUCACCGGUGGUUCGUGCCUUGGAUGGGAACUAUGGUAUUUUUCCCUGGUUUUCCCAUUUGUUAACAAUCUUAAGAGAGUUGUUCUUAUCUUAACAGAGAAGGAGGGACUUUUUAGUUUGACAUGUUGCAAUGUAAUGUUUGUUUCUCUCUCAUUUUCUUUAAUCAACUAG